AUGAAGAGAAAGAGAAAUACUGUUCUGGACGAGGAAAAGGAGAGUACAUUUAUAAACAAUAGUGAUUACGACGACAAGGAAAGUAACAGCGUUGAGGGUAUACCUAAUCAUAAAGAUACCCCUGAUGGAGGAGCCUCUAAGAACAAUGAUUCAGCAAACAUGGACAUUCAAUUGGAGGAUUCUCCAAGUGAGUCUGAAUUGGAACCGAAAACAAGAGAGCGGAAGAAUGAGCCGGUAGAUCAGGUUGAAGUCAUCACCGAUGUGGCCGACACGACAAACAAUGACGACGGCUCUAAUUUUGGGGAAGUUCUUCACAACUUAUCAGAACCAGAAAUCAAGGUAUCAACUCCUAAAAGGACAGAGCAAACAAUUAGGCCCCAAUCAAAAGAGUCUACGAACGAAAAUGUACCUAGAUUGGUAAUAAAUAAGCUUAUUCUCACUAAUUUCAAAUCUUACGCUGGUGAGCAAGUCAUCGGGCCUUUCCAUUCAUCAUUUUCAUCAGUUGUGGGUCCCAAUGGAAGCGGCAAAUCAAAUGUUAUAGAUGCAAUGCUUUUCGUGUUUGGAUUCAAGGCAAACAAAAUGAGACAAGGUAAGAUUUCUGAAUUGAUUCACAAUUCUGGUAAUGAAAGACCGGAUUUUUGUCAAGUAGACAUACACUUUCAUAUGAUUGUUGAUGAUCCCAAAUCACCUCAGUUGUCUGUGGUAGUUCCCAAUUCGGAGUUGAUCAUCUCGCGGAAGGCUUUUCUCAAUAACCAGUCUGUCUACUACAUCAAUGGCAAGAAAAGUAACUACACUGAUGUUACAGCUUUGCUUAGAGGUAGGGGUAUUGACUUGGACCACAAGAGAUUUUUGAUUCUUCAGGGUGAAGUAGAAUCCAUUGCACAAAUGAAAGCCAAAGCCGAAAAGGAAGGUGAGGAUGGAUUAUUAGAGUACUUGGAAGAUAUUAUUGGCACCACAAAGUACAAACUGUUGAUUGAAGAUAGUUUGGCUCGUAUAGAAGAGUUGAAUACCGUGUGUCAAGAAAAAUCAGAUAGGUUCCUGCUAGUCGAGAAGGAUAAAGAACUAUUAGACGAAAAGAAAGUCGAAGCAUUGAAGUUUCUAGAGCUAGAAAGGAAACUAAACAAUUUCAAAAGCUUGAAAUUUCAGUGUAACAUCAGCGACCUACAGAGCAAGAUUGGAACAUACCAAGAGGAAGCUAAUGAGUUACAGAAACAAUUGGACGAGAAGAAGGAAGCGAAUGAGGCAAUUCUAAAACACAUUGACACCGAAACUUCGAAACAGCUGGAGGUUAAAAAGGAAUUGAAAAAGAUUUUGAAUGAUAUCGAGGGACUAAAUAGACAAAAACGAGACUUGACCAAGCAAAAUGUGUCAUUGGAAGAGAAAUCAAAAAAUUUUGAGAGUAAAGUAAAGAAACUACAAAAAACCAUCAAUGCACUGACACAUUCACUACAGAAUGCGAAUCACGGUUUGUCGAGCUAUUCCAACACAUCUGAGCAAUACAAGAUCGAUAUAAAAAGACUUGACUCCACUUUGAAAGAUGAGGAGGAAAAGUUGAUUCGAAUCCGAGAAAAGAUGGCAGAGAAGACAUCCGGCUUCACCAAACGUAUAGAAGAUUUGCAAAACAAAUUGGAGCCUUGGACGUCAAAGUUAAAGAGUAAUGAAAAUGAGAUUGAGCUAAUCUAUUCCAACAUUAAUCUUCUUGAAGGUCAAAUGAACAGUACAAGGAAACAAUUCGAAGAGAACAAGGAGAGGUUAAGCUCUAUCAAACAUGAAGGUAAGCAGAAAGAAGACGAAUGCCGGGAAAAGGAAGAUAAACUUGAAACAAUUGAAGAGCAAAUCUCAUUAGGUGAAGAGCAAACACAAUUGAUGAAAACAAAAUUGGAAAAGAUGAAAAAUCACAUUACACGCGCUAAGAAUAAAUACCAUGACGCCGCACAAGCUUUUCAAAGCAAACAAAAUCAAAGCAGUGUUUUGGCGGCUUUGACUAAGUUGGGAAAAUCUGGUAGAAUUGAAGGAUUUUACGGAAAGUUGGGUGAUCUUGGGACCAUUGAUGAAAAGUAUGAUAUAGCGGUUUCUACAGCCGCUCCUGGGUUAGACUCUAUGGUGGUGGAAACAGUUGAGACAGCACAAGCUUGCAUUGAUUACUUGCGGAAGAACAAACUUGGAUACGCCAAUUUUAUUUGUUUGAAUAAAUUACGGAAUUACGAUUUGUCCCCAAUUACGGUCCCCGGCGAUCCAUCCAAAAUCAAACGGCUUUUUGAUUUGAUUGAUCCGAUUAACCCCAAGUUUGCACCCGCGUUCUUCAGUAAAAUGUUCAAUACACUUGUAGCACCAGACUUGAAUGAGGCAAAGAAAGUAGCAUAUGGAGCAAGAAGAUGGAAAUGUGUGACAUUAGAUGGGAAAGUGAUAGAUAUAGCAGGGACUAUGUCCGGUGGUGGAAAUCAAAUAAUGAGAAAUGCCAUGCGUUUAAAGUCAGCAAAUGCACCGGAUGCAACUGGUCUUGAUGAGGAAAGCUUGGAACGUGCAAGAGCUGACAUUGAGGAGAUGGAAGCAGAGCUUGAAAGAGAGCAGACAAAGUACAACGAAGCGAUAAAUGCAUUGAACAAAGUUCGAAGUUUGGAGCCUGAGACGAGGCUCUCUUUAGAGAAGCUCAGGUUGGACAUUGCUGGAUUAGCUUCGGAAAUGAAGGAGGUGUCUCAGACCUGUAAAAGUUUGGUAGCCGAACAGAGACAAAUGGAAGCAAACAAUCCUUAUGAGCAACAGAUUUUGGAAAAACAAUCUGAACUAGAGAAGCUCGAAGCUGUUAAAGCAAAAUUGAAAGCAGAAAUGGCGGGCUACGAACACGAGAUAGCCACUUAUGAGCAAAAGAUAAUGGAAGCUGGUGGGGUUGACUUGAAAGUUCAAAAUUCCAAAGUGGAAUCAAUCAAGCAACAGAUUGCAAUAAUAAAUGACAAAACCAGUGGUGAUCGAAUUGCAUUAAAGAAGUUGGAGAGUGACAUCAAACGACAUACAAAGAUUGUCGAAGAUUCAAAAAGCGCCAUGGAAAAGUUGGAAGCUGACCAUGAAGAAGUCAAGCAAGCACAACAAGAACUACAAAAGAAGGUGAAAGAAUUGGAAGAGAAGCUACAUUCACUUGAUCAACAGAAACAAGAUAAAGAAGAGGAGCUCGAAGUUAUACGGGUUGAAAUAGAGGAGAAACAAGAGGAGCUUUCUGGAUUCAAACUGUUUGAAGUUGAAAUUUUAAACAAGUUGGAAAAAGUCAGCCACACAUUGAAAAAGAUGACGCAUGCGAUUGAGCACAAUGAGCAAAGCUUGAAUGCUUUAGUGGUACGGGAUGUUAUGCCCUACAUCUAUUGGCUCGAAGAAGAAGAACAAAAGAAAUACGAUUCAUCAAUCAUUGAACGUUUGAGUGAAUCUGAACUAGAAGAUGUCGACUUGGAUGCGGUCAACUCUGAAAUUGAAGAGUUGGAAAAGUACAUGUCCACUGUGCAGAUAGAUAUUGAAAUGCUCAAGGAAUAUGGAACCAAGAUUGCAGAGUAUACUGACAGAAAAGCUGACUUGAAUCAAGCCGUUGAGGAGCGAGAUGAAAAGAGAGAUUAUUGCGAGGAUUUGAAAAAGAAACGAUUGGACGAGUUUAUGGAUGGGUUCAGCGCCAUAUCAAUGGCUUUAAAAGACAUGUACCGAAUGAUAACCAUGGGUGGGAAUGCUGAACUAGAAUUGGUUGACAGCUUGGACCCAUUUUCAGAAGGGAUCUUGUUUAGUGUCAUGCCACCAAAAAAAUCGUGGAAAAACAUUUCCAAUUUAUCUGGAGGUGAAAAGACAUUGAGUUCAUUGGCUUUAGUUUUUGCGCUUCAUCUGUACAAACCUACUCCAUUGUAUGUCAUGGAUGAGAUUGAUGCUGCCUUGGAUUUUCGAAAUGUUUCAAUUGUUGCGAAUUACAUUAAAGAGCGGACAAAGAAUGCCCAAUUUGUGGUGAUUUCAUUGAGGAAUAAUAUGUUUGAAUUGGCACAAAAGUUGAUUGGGAUUUACAAAGUCAAUAACAUGACUAGGAGUACACCAAUUUUGAAUAUCGAGUUCAACAGUAUAGAGUAG